GUUUCAGACUGCUUAUUUGUUGAGAACUUGAAGCUAGAAUAGGGAGAAAAAUUAACAUUAAAGUAAUAGUUCUAUCAUUGUAUUAACAACAAAUCUUCACUAGACCUUUACUGCCUUAUAUUGGAUCAUUGUUAAAGGUUUACCAGAAAUCUGAUCUAUUCAUCAAUCAAGCAAAUUUCUAUCCUACUUCAAAACUGUACUCACAGCUCCCAGGAAAAGCCAAUACUUUAAUUUAUCAUCAGUGUGUACACUUCACUGUUUUCAGCAUGAGCUGUAGAGCAGAUGCAAUGAAUUCUUCUGUCAAAAUUGAUUUCCUGGAAUUUAAUGAAAACAGAAAACUUUAUGCAGCCGAUUCUCUUAACAACUUAAACAAGUUAAACCUCUGUACCAAUGAAAGAGAUAAUAUAUUUAAGGAAUAUGAUGAAAACAGUUCAGAUGUGCAUGUACCGGACUCAUGGACUAACAGAAGAAGCCAGUCUAUUUUCUUCAGUCUUCUCGUCAUAGCAGUCAUAGCUACACUCAUAGUUGCAUUCUGUUCAAUAUUAUUAUUAGUGCAAGCAAGUUCUACAACCCAUGAAGUGUCUCAAAGGCUGGAAAAAGAAGCAAAAGACAUCACAAAAAUAAGCAAAUUAUUAUUAUACAAUUUAAACCAAACAAGAAUUUGAUUGGAGUUUCACCCAUUACAGACCCUGCAGUGAUUGCGCUAGGACUAUCAUCCUUGGGAACUCAAUAUAGUGUAUACAAUUAAAACUUUUUUUUGUAUUUACAAGCUACAGUUGUACAAAAUGGGUUGCAGACUUUUUUUUUUGUUUAUUAUCUAAGAUUUCUGUUUAUUCUUUGCCUUUAGUUAAAGACACAAACUGUCGCUUUGUAACUUUGACAAAAGAACAACAAUGAAGUCUGUGUUAGACAAUGUACCAGUGAUCCAAUUUAAAUCAAAUUAAACAUUAAAGUUAUUGAAUAAUA